CCGACCCGAAGGCGCAGGGAAACGACCCUCUCGUUCACUGGGGUAAACUCCAACACAUGGCGGCUGAGCCGAGGAGCUAUAAGCAAGCCCACACCAACUCGCCGCCACUCACCACGGGCAACUCCAGAAUAGAAGAGAGUCCAGCCUCUCUCAAGGAGUUUGGUUCCAGAGCCCAGACUGUGCGUAGAGGAGAGCCCGACUAUCUCUAGUCGGUACCGCUCAACCUCUUGCACCAGCUCAGGCUCUUUCCCCCCCAGUGAGGUGACAUUCCAUGUCCCCAUGGCUAGAGUCACCAUCCGGCGAUUGGGUUGCCGGGGCCCCCGCCCACGACCGCCAACCAAAUCACACCGCAACCGCCCCUUAUUUAAAUUUAGGUUUAAAUUCAUUUUAUUUUAUAUAUUUUAUUUUUUCAAUGUAAUUGUUACUGUUUUUUUAGAUUGAAGCAGUCUUGUAACAUUCAAUUAAAAGGUGUUUCAAUAUUUUGUAGUUCAAAAUAUGCGUCACACUUUGUAUGCGUCAUCUGUUGCCGCCAGGCAAGUGACUUGUUUGAAUUUUCGAUCCCGGUAAGUUAGCUAACCAUGGAUGAAUCAAAAAAAAGAGAAAAGUCUCUGACGAAAAUAGAAUGUUUAAUGCUUCAUGGACAGACUUGCUUUCACUGCUGACGAAGCUGGUUUGCCUGUAUGCUUAAUAUGUGGCGAGAAGUUAGCAAACAACAAAAAAUCAAACGUUGAAAGACAUUUCCAGACUAAACACACAGCCUUUGCUAAAAAAAAUAUCCAGCUGGAGAUGAAAGAAAAAGAACAGUUUCGGAAAGCUGAUCAGAGCACAAGUACUUUGAAGAGGUGGGAGAAAUAUGCAAAUUUAAAUACGUCUGCUAGUUUUGUGGCAGCUCAGGAGAUUGCCAGGCACAGGAGGCCGUUCACAGAUGGACAAUAUAUAAAGGAUAUAUUAGGAUAUCAGAACAUCUAUUCUCGGAUUUCAAAAACAAGAGUGAAAUUGCUCUGUAAAUUAGAGAUAUGCCUCUCUCUGCAAAGACCUUCAAGGACAGGACCAUAAAAAAUGGCAGAAAACAUCACCAGUCAACAAAUAAAGGACAUUAAUUCCGCUUCAGUGUACUCAGCCGCCUGUGAUGAGUCAAAAGAUGUGAGCGAUAUUGAGCAAAUUGAGCUCUUAUGCAGAUAUGUGAAUUCUGCUGGGCCACAGGAAGAAAUCAUUGAAUUGAUUCCACUUCAAGGCCAAACACAGGGAGAGGAGAUCUGUGAGGUUGUGUUGGAUUGUUUAAAAACCAAAGAAAUAAACGCCAACCACCUGGUGUCAGUGACUACUGAUGAGGCACCGAGUAUGACAGGAGCACACAAGGGGUUUGUGACUUUACUUCAGAAGUCACAGGAUAGAAAGCUGCUGACAUUCCAUUGCAUCCUGCAUCAAAAGGGCUUUGUGUGCUCAAGCGUUUCCUCCUCUUGUCAUUCAGAUAGUGAACAAAAUAAUGGCAAAAGGAUUAAACCACAGACAGUUCUGUUCAUUAUUGAAGAAGUUGAAAACACAUAUUCUGAUCUCUUGCUGCACAACAAAGUCUGGUGGCUGUCCAGAGGGGAGGUGCUGAAAUGCAUUGCUGUGUGUCUGGAAAGCAAAGGGCUCACCUUUCCUGAGCUGGAACAGCCAGAUUGGCUGGAAAAGCUGCACUUCUUAGUGGAUACGACAGUGCACCUUGACAUGCUGAACAAAAGUCUCAAGGGGAAAGGAGGCACAGCCCUGCAGAUGCUGGAGGAGGUUUUGGUGUUUGAGCACAAGAUGACAGUUUUUGCCAGAGAUGUACAGAGAGUUAUGCUGUCUCUCUUUCCCUCUUUGAGAGAGUCAAAAGAAGCACAUAAUCAGGAAAACUACGAGAAUUUGCAGCGUGCAAUCAUCGCAAUGCAAACUGCGUUUGGAAAAAGAUUCUGCAAUUUCAGAGAGGAAAAAAACCUUAUCCUUUCCUGUCACGCCCCUGACCACUGAUCCAUCCCUGUUGAGUAUGACUGAAUUCAAAGGUGUAAGAUUGAAUUGGCUGACAUAGCUGUCAAAGACAUAUGGGUGUCUAAGUUCAGAAGCUUGACAGCUGAUCUUGAGGAUGCUGCUCGUCAGAAGGCCAUUCUUGCUCAGAAGCACCAAUGGAGUGAUAUUGGAAACCUUCCCAAACCAGACAAACUUGUGUUCAAAACAUGGAAUGCCAUUUUUGACACUUAUAUGAACAUUAAAAAGUAUGCAUUUGGAGACCUGUCAAUCUUUGGAUCCACAUACUUAUGCGAGCAGGUUUUCUCCAGCAUGAACUACAUAAAAAGAAAACAUCGCUCCCGCCUCACAGAUGACAGCUUGCAAUCCUGUGUGAAGAUCAAAGUGAUGUCUUACAGCCUGAUAUGGAUAAGCUGUGACGUUUGGGAGCAGAAAUCACAUUAACCAGGUUGAUGGUUGACUGCUGUACAUGACUGGGGAGAAAAAGAGAAUGACGGCGCACUGAAAUAGAAUAUAGUCAUAAUGAAAUAUAAACUGCAUUUUUUUUUUUUUUGGUUUGCUCUUUUUAAUUAAAAUGAAUAUGCUGCAGCUGUAUGAUUUUAGAAUGUUUGAGUGGGCUAAUUUGUUUAUUUUUUAUUCCAGAAAUAAUAAGGGACUCAAACCUCAAGCCUGCAUUGUGUAUUUUAUUUGAAAAUAAACUUACACGAGGCAGUUUUUUUUAAAAUUUGUUUUGUUUUUUGUAUAGACUUCAAAAGAAUUUGGUGUUUUGCUUUGUUACAAACAAAAUGUCAGUUUUUUUCCGUUUCUAGGUCUUUAAUUUCAUAAAUGAAACAAACUAUUGUUCUUAUAUACAUAUCACGAGUAAAAUGAAACUUUAUAUGCCAUACAUCUUUAAAAUAGGUUUUGCAGCCCCAGGUGGGUUUUAUUUUGUGGGAAACGGCCCCAAAUGGAUCUUUUGAUACUGUGGGUUGCUGACCCCUGGUUUGGACAAAUAACAUAUGUGACUGUACACACCAAACAUGGUCACUUAGCGGUUCUCUACCAAACUAUAUGGACUAGAACUGUGACACGGCAGUUCACUGUUUUUGUCCUUUGGCCUGACCAAAUGAGACAAACUACAGAUCUAUACCAGUUUAACUGUGAUUCUUGCUUUGUGUAUUUUUUU